AAAAAAGUGAUCAUUUCAUUGCUUGAUAAAGUAGUUUCGAGAAUGCAAAUGUCCAGAUCGUACGUGACCUGAGAUAAUGCUAAUAUGAAUGAGAAUCGCCACCAACUAAGUCUUCAAGUUUUGACUAGUACAUCACCUUAUUAUUCAUCAUUCAGAAAGUACUCAUAACAACUUCGGAAAAUCUUGACUGGGAAACACAUUCUUCGAAUCAGACAAACAUAACUACCUAGGUACAGAGUCACAAAGCGUAAUGACGCAGGGGUCGGCGUUUUGCGUCCAGAUUUCACCGACGUCCAACCAAACUGUCGGCUCUCCAAACCUAUUCUCCGAGCCUACGUGCCAUGCUCAGCUCAGUGUAACGAUCUUGUAUUUCAUUUGGACCACUCCCGUUGCUCCUUUAUGGUCUUUCGUACGCGUAAGCAUGCAUGUUUCCAAGAGACCAUCGACGUCAAAUAUGCAUUCGAUCUUGGCUUGCGGCCAUAUAUCUCAGCUGCGAGCCAUCUUAACCAGCUUGCUCUCGUUUUGAUUUCAACUGCUGUUGCUCGUAUAGAGAGCAAAGCAUAUACUGUGCCCAAUCAACGAACUUGAAAGAUCGAUUUUCCAGUAAAAUAUCAUGUCGCACAAUACCAUGCUCGCCCGAAUCACCUUUUACUUCAGUCUAGGUAAGCCAACCCCCAAUUGCCCUUUGCUACACCUGCAACCCAAUACUUACACUUCCAAGUGUCUCUAGCAACCGCCCAAUUCGGCCCUGGAGGCAGAUACGGCCCCUACCGAGGCCCUGAUCCGGGACCAGGCUACGGACCCUAUGGACGAGGAGGCAGAGGCCGAGGACCCUUCGGCUACACCAGCUA